GAUGGUAAAGGAGGCAAGGGGGGAAAAGGCGGUCGAGGAAAAGGCAAGGAUGGCAAAGGCAAGGACGGCAAGGGGAAGUCUGAUCCAGCUUUCAAGGGCCUUCAGUUGGUUUGGCGCACGCCCGAGGGGCGGGACAUCUGUUUCGCCUUUAACAAUCAGGGAUGUGAUGGAAAGUGCGGGCGGCUCCAUGUGUGCAGAGUGAAAGGCUGCUAUCAGGACCAUGCGGCCAAGGAUCACAAGCAGAAGGUCGGGGUAAGAAUAAUCUACAUUUUCGCGGGAGCCGAGCGCAAAUGUGACAUCGGCCAAUAUCUUCAUCAGCUGGGAGUCGUGGACAGCCUUUUGCAGUUUGACUUGCAGCGUUCUCACACGCAUGAUUUGACACAGGAAGGCCUUUGGCAGCACAUAUUCCACCUUUUGAGCCAGGAGGAGUGGAUUCUUCUGGCAUCCCCGCCAUGCGUCGAGCAAGCGAAUUACUUUGUGGACCAAACGGUCACUGCAUGCCAGCUCGCAUGGCAAUAUUUCUUGGAGCACCCCGAGGACUUGGGGAUCACACCGGACCAAGAAAUUCCUGCAUCCAUUUGGCAAUGGCCCAGCGUUCGUGAGCUUCAGGUGUCCACGCGAGCAAUCACCUUUGCGAUUUUCCAAUGCAGCUUCGAAGCCUCCACUUCAAAGCCCACGCGCUUCCUUACAAACUUGCAGGCGCUUGUUCAUCAGCCACCGCAUUUUGCGACGUGGCCCAGCUUUGACACAGAGCAUCGAUACGUGGGACCACUCCCACCCCGCUGCCCCCAUGGCAGGCAUGAGCCUCUUUCAGGUCGCACCGGCCGUGUUUGGGCCACGUCAUCAUCGGCGGCUUAUCCCCCUUUGCUUUGCGAGUGGAUUGCUCAUGCUGUGCUUGCUUCCGCUCCGCAAGGGGUCAAAGAGUCAGCCCCACACAGCAGUGAGCCCUCGGGCGAGCCAGGUGCAGGCCCAGGCGAUGUCACAGGCGAGGUCGCACAAUCCGCUUCGGAUCCACCGUCACAGGCAUCGCCCGGCCAGGACUUUGCAGAGAGGAUUUCAGCGGCUCGCAUUCCCACCAGGGAGGAAUUGUGUGCGUUGUUCGGAUUGCUUCCCCAUGAAACACCGCCCAGGGCACCGGAGGCCAUCACUUCCUAUGUGCGUGCAAAGAUGCCGGGUCACCGCUUCAACACGGUAAGCAUCUACUGUAACACGGGCACUGAUCCCCAUAAGGAUAAUCGCAACGCUCCCAUUCCAAAUGGGAUAGCGGCGCUUAGUGACUUCAGGGGAGGGGAGGUUUGGAUCGAAUCCGAUAGUGGUGAAUCCAUCCAGGUUAUCGGGGGGAAGCAGAUGCAUGGCACCAUAGUGCCCAUCACUGCUGAACCAGUGUUCAUCGAAGCCCACAGCCACAUCCACUUCACCAUGCCAUGGAGAGGCAGGCGCAUAGUCUUGAUUGCAUUCAGUGUAUCGGGCAUUGAAGAACUUAAUCCUCAAGAUUACGAUUCCUUGAUCAACCACGGUUUCUCUGUUGAGGCACCGCCUGCAGCUGUAGAGCCGAUGUGUUUGGACCCGGUGCUUGAAGAUGAGGAGCCUGCUAUGCCGGCAGGGGACUCGUCCACUCCUUUCGAUCCCGAUGCAUGUUUCAACGAGGGCCAGCCUCUCAAGCUGGAGUGGGAUGGCACACAUGAAAACAUCGACGACGGUUUCGGGCUGUGCUCGCCUACUAG